CGUUCGUGUAGAUUGGUUCGGAUUUUUUGGCGCACGAUUUUAUUUUGGGCCAAGUUGAGCGCGAUUCUUCGUUGUGCAUUGGAGGAAAUUGCUAUUUUUUCUUCAGUCCAUCGCGAGCAAGUGAUUUGUGGAAAAAGUUGGAAAUUGUGCAAUAUAUUUUUUCCUCUCUCUGCGUGAUCAUUAUUAUUAUUCCUGUGAUUGAUUGGGUGGUGUCCGUGUGAAUUUUGCUGGUGAUCUGUGAAAUUUGGAGUUUCACGCCGAGUGAUCGGAUAUUUCUACUUCAACCCAGUUACAGUAAGUGAUGAAAGGACCUGGGCUGGUGGAAAGUUGAAAUUAAAUUCGUGAACGGUUAUCGAGAAGAGCAUCGAGUAGAAACUAAGUGGAAGUUAGUUCGGUGAACAUAAAUCGAAUCAUAUCGUCAAUAGAAUCGAAAUCGUAAAGUGAUUGAUAAUAUUUAACGUGAUUACAAGCAGCUUCAGUUGUGAAAAAGACGUGAACAGGUGAAUGUUUGGGUUAGCUGAAAAGCUACAUUUUUUUACGAUUCUGGAACUGAAAAAUUCACAUUGGAUUGCAAUAAGCGGUUCUACAGCGGUGUGUAUACUGAGCUGCUGUUCAUCUUGCUACACAGAUUGCUUACUGAUGUUCGUUGUUGAAGAUUACGCGUGAUUUUCCUCUCUCUCCUGCUUGGAUGAUCAACGGCGCUCGGUGGCAACAUCACCAGAGCAUCACAGUCAGUGUGGUGACCAGCGGUGGGUAGUUCAUGUGCCAAAAUCGGUUUGAAGAGGAAGAAAGAAAAACGAUCACAGCGUUAAAAAAAGAUUUCCUUCCACCCGGUAAGCCCUCCGCUAUCGGCCCCAGAGGCGGUAUUGAGUGAGAGAACUUGCAAAAGUGGCAGAAAAUUGCAAACGAAAGUGACCACUGUUGCUGGAACAAGGGUUAGGAAACGUAAAGCAAGAGGAGGCGGAGAAGUGGGACAGUGCAACUGGGUGAGAAAAAACGAAAAAAAAAAAAUACAGUGAAAAGUGCAAGUAUCAAUCGUGACGGUUUCCGAUACAAGCGAGGCCAACUCGGCAGAGCGGUGUGGAAAAAUGUCCUCCUCGCCAAUGCUGACCAGUUACACCUUGCGCAUACGUAGUGACACCAGUCCGGUGACGGCUACGGCGACCAUUUCGUCCGGUGCCGGUAACUGCACUAGUUUGCUCAAGAAGCUUAAUCUUAACGACACUUCAUCGGCCAGUACCAACUCGGGGGAAUCUACGGAUCCCCUGGAGUCGGAUUUUAGUGCAGAAGAAGAAGAGGAAGAGGAGGAGGAGGAGGAGAAAGACGACGAGAAGGGAAGGUUCAGAGUGAUACAACCAGACGACGAAAACGACGACGACGAGGACGAAAUCGACGAAGACGACAUUGACGAGGACGAAGACCGGGAGGACGCCAAAGACGACGCCCGACGUCGCACUGGACAGAACAAAGACAGUAUCGCAAAGAAUGGCCGACACAGGGACGCUUCCAGUGACGAUGAUACUCGCGACAGUGGCGAUAGUGAUGAUGAGUCUGACGAUACUUCUGAUAAGAACAAUAAUAUCGGCGGAAUUCGUGGCAAACAUCCGAAGGAGUAUGAUCUGGACGAUUUUCAGAUAUUGAAGACCAUAGGUACGGGCACCUUCGGACGAGUUUGUCUUUGUCGGGACCGGUUCACGGACAAAUACUGGGCGAUGAAAAUCCUUGCCAUGGCCGAUGUCAUACGGUUGAAGCAGAUCGAGCAUGUCAAGAACGAGAAGAACAUCCUGCAGGAAAUCGAUCAUCCCUUCAUCGUCAAUAUGCGAUGGAGUACCAAGGACGACUGCUGCCUGUACAUGCUGUUCGAAUACGUCAGCGGCGGUGAACUAUUCUCCUACCUCCGGAACGCCGGCCGGUUCGACAAUGCAACGGCCAACUUCUACGCGUGUGAAAUCGUUCUGGCGCUGGAGUACCUACACACACUUUCGGUCGUGUAUCGUGACCUCAAGCCGGAAAACCUGCUGCUAGAUCGCGAUGGGCACCUCAAAAUCACCGACUUCGGGUUUGCGAAGAAGCUGAAGGACCGCACAUGGACCCUUUGCGGAACACCGGAGUACUUGGCGCCCGAAAUCAUCCAAUCCAAGGGACACAACAAAGCGGUCGACUGGUGGGCAUUAGGUGUUUUGAUUCAUGAGAUGCUGGUCGGCUAUCCACCCUUCUACGACGAUAAUCCGUUUGGAAUUUACGAAAAAAUCCUCAGUGGUAAGAUUGAAUGGUCCCGGCAUAUCGAGCCGACUGCAAAAGAUUUGGUAAAAAAGCUGCUGGUACAGGAUAGGACCAAACGUUUGGGCAACAUGAAGAAUGGUGCAGAGGAUGUUAAACGACAUCGAUGGUUCAAACAUCUCGAUUGGGAUGUCGUGAUAAAGAGACAACUGAAGCCCCCGAUAGUACCCAAGUUCGUUAACGAAGGCGACACGGGAAAUUUCGACGACUAUCCCGAAACAGAUUGGAAAUCAGCCCGAUCGUUGGACAAGAUGGAAAUGCAGUUGUUUGAGGAUUUUUAACUCGUACACUCGGCAUACUUUCCUAAACCUGUCUGUACCUAACCCCGUUAAGUCAAUGUAGGACCUUAGGACAUUGUAGAAAAAAGAAAAACCCAGUUGGCAGUUAGAUGCAAACAGAUGCUGUUUAUCCGCAGGCCAUGCUACGCUCGACCCCCAGAAGGGCAUACCAAUAGCUUUAAUAUUUAAGUAAAAUAUUCAUAACUAAGUGUUGCUCGUAGUUUCUGCAAUAUUGUAACACAUCCUAGUUAUUACCAGUCACAACAGAAUCAGCGGGAAUCGCAUUGUCACUUAAUAUUAGUUCCCAGCAAUGAGUUACUCCCCUCACUCACAUUGAGACUAAUACCAUCCAAACGGAAUGUGUUAUUUGAACAGAAACAAGCUUGGCUGUAAUUGUAUAGCUGCUCGACUAUGUUUGGGUAGAUGGAAGUAGUCGAAGUAGAACGGGUGAAAAACAGCAAAGCAAACCUAGAACUUUUAAUGACUCGACAAUGCUUUUUACCAUAAGUUAUUUAAACCACAUUCACUGUGAUAGUCAAAAUGAAAUAUGUUUAGUAAUUCAAUAUACAAUAAGUAAUUGAUAGGCUAAAUGCACUUUAUGCCUAACUUAAUCAGAGGAAAGUGUUGAAAUUGUACAAUUCUACUCAAAAGGCAAAACAUUAGAAAGAUGGGACAGGUACUUUAAUGACCUUUUAACGAAAGAGGUGUUAGUAUUGAAAUAAAUUCUAGAUUUUAUUACCUGAAAACUAAAACAUGUUAAGACACUAGAAGAAAUCAACCCCACUCAACAAAUCAGCUGUAUCCUCCAUUUGGUCGAACAAUGUUUAGACUUGCCGGUUACACACGUUUGUACCAUUUCAUGUAACUUUGUUUUAUUAACGACUAGAUACUCAUCUUUUAUUCUUACGGUAAUUUUCAUAGUGUUUUUGUUCAAGUUUUCCCUACCAUGAUGGCAAAAUAUAGUACCACAUAACACAAAUCACGUGUGAAACAAACAAUAGUGUCUUAAGUAAUGAUGUUUGAAAUAAAGUUAUAUAUGCAAUAAAA